GACAGACUGUGGCUGUGGUCGGUGGCGGUGAGCGGCGACUCUUCUGCUCCCGAAACUUCGUGAAGUAUUUCCCAACUGUGGAUUUUUUCGUCCUCUGCUCCUCAAGAGAGCUUAUUUGGAUUAACUCUCCUAAAGGGAAUAACUUGUUUUAUCGUUUAAAGUGGCUGGCUGCAGCUCUCGUCCUCAUGCCCUGUCUGGUGAGCGCUGCUUGGCCUGCUGAGCCCGUAGGUGUGUCUGUACCGGGCUGCAGCUGAAGCAGGUCUACAGCUACUGGGUGGUGGUGGAGGUGGUGGGUCGUCAGAGGGCCCCCAGCAGGCGAAGAGGCCUGUCCAGUCCCAGCCACACGAAGAUGAACAAACUGAACUUCCACAACAACAAAACCAUGCAGGACCGCCGUUGUGUUUGUGUGUUUUUGCCCAAUGAUGACACGCUCAAUGUCAUAGUCAAUGUGAAGACUUUAUGCCAGGAACUGUUGGUCCAGGUGUGUGACCUCCUCAGACUGAAGGACUGUCACCUGUUUGGACUCAGUGUUAUUCAGAAUAAUGAACACAUCUAUAUGGAGCUGGAUCAGAAACUGUCCAAGUACUGCCCCAAAGAAUGGAAGAGAGAAGCCAGCAAGGGCAUUGACCAGUUUGGGCCUCCGAUGAUCAUUCACUUCAGAGCUCAGUAUUAUGUUGAGAAUGGGAGAUUGAUCAGUGACCGGGCGGCCAGGUACUACUACUACUGGCACCUGAGGAAACAGGUGCUGCUCUCUCAGUGUAUCCAAAGGGAGGAGGCCUACUUCCUCCUGGCAGCCUUCGCCCUGCAGGCUGACCUCGGCAACUUCAAACGCAACAAGCACUUUGGGAAAUACUUUGAACCUGAAGUGUACUUCCCCCCGUGGGUGAUAGCCAAGCGUGGCCGUGAAUACAUCCUGAGGCAUAUCCCGAACAUGCACAAAGACCAGUUUGCUCUCACAGCUUCAGAGGCUCACCUCAAGUACAUUAAAGAGUGUGCUCAGCUGGAUGACGUCACAGUUCACUACUACAGACUCUACAAGGACAAAAAAGAAGUUGAAGCAUCUCUUACAUUGGGGCUGACUUUACGUGGGAUCCAAAUAUUCCAGAAUGUCGGCUCUGUGAGGCAGCUGUUGUACGACUUUCCCUGGACCAAUGUGGGAAAACUGGUAUUUGUGGGGAAGAAGUUCGAGAUCCUCCCUGACGGUUUGCCCUCAGCCCGUAAGCUCAUCUACUACACCGGUUGUCCGAUGCGAUCUCGCCACCUCCUGCAGCUGCUCAGCAACAGCCACCGGCUCUACAUGAACCUGCAGCCUGUCCUCAAACAGGUCCGACGACUGGAGGAAAACGAAGAGAAGAAGCAGUACCGGGAGUCGUACAUCAGCGAUGCUCUCGAACUUGACAUGGACCAUCUGGACAAACGUUCUCGAGCCAGCGGCAGCAGCGCAGGCAGCGUGUCUCAUCACAAGCGUCUGUCUCGCCACUCCACGACCAGCCACGGCAGCUCGCACACAUCAGGCAUCGAGACGGACAGCUUCAGGGCCCCCGGUCAGGCCCCGCACAGGCCUCUACGAACCUGCAGCUCGUCCACAACCAGCCACGGGAGCUCGCACACCUCCGGCAUCGAGAGCAGCGGCAAGGAACGGAUCCUAGAUGAUGAUGAGAUUGAGAUGCUGGUGGACGACCCCAAAGACUACGAGGAGCUCCAUGAGAUGGCUCUGGAUCAGGAGCUAUGCAUCCACAUCACAGAGGACAUGCUGACCAUGUCGCCUGAUCAGACCAACGGAUACUCAGGUCUGAUAGUAAAAGAUGUCAGCUCGUCCACUUCCAGCUCCUCGGAGACCGUCGUCAAGAUGAGAGGACAGAGCAUCGAGUCUCUGCCGCAGACGUCAGUGUGCAGGAAGCCUCAGUCUUCUACCGACCGCCACAGCCAGUCCCUGGACGAUAUCCGGCUCUACCAGAAGGACUGCCUGCAGUGGGCGGAGCUCUGCCAGGACACCGCCCACAGCUACACCUUCGGCUGCGCUCAGGAGCUGAGCGACGGCGGCGGCUACCAGGGCCUGGCCGACCAGCGCGCCGGCAUGCUGGGCGACCAGCACUCGUUUCACAUCAAGAGAACCAACAAGUACUUCUCCCUGGACCUGACCAGCGACGAGGUGCCCGAGUUCGUGGUGUGACGGAGGCAGAAACGACCUCAGGGUGACAGAUUCGCCGCUCCGUGUCAGACGUGGAGGAAAGUUUCGGGCCUCGGGGAACGAGACGAGGGAGGAAAGGUUGAGAAUAAAGAGGCAACAAGUUGGCUGUUCCUUCACUUGAGACACAUAACACAUAAUAACCGAACACACAAGAAGGAACACUGGGCUCAGAUGGAACCUGUGUCUUUUAAAUGCAACCCAAACUGUGUCAAAGGAAACUAAAGGGAUUAUGUCACCUUCUUUAAAAAGAAAAAGAAAACUCAUUCAAAUCUGUCUCCUCCAGACUGUUUGCCUGCAUACAAAGUCACACAAAGACCGUUUGUACACGUCGACUCACAGCAGACAGACUCAUGCACAGACAUGACGAGCAAAUCAAAGCUUCUCCACAGACGACGCGAAGGACAGAUUCACUCUGAGCUAAAAACCAAAGACAAGAGAUGGAAAUAAAUAUCUGUUUCUGCGUCCAGCUUCACAACGCAGGGAGGGAAGAUGGACCCACAGUCCUCUGGGAUGCAGCGGCCGUGACUCUCUUCUUUUACACCACUUUGUUUUACCUCAACAGGAAGUGCAGCGUGCCAACCCCCCCUCUCAGACUGGACUCUGAGUCAUGUGAACACAGCCGAUGUGCCUUCAUCACACUGUGCAGGUGUCUCCUCGCCUUGACAAUCACACACACCUUCACCUUAGGCAGUUUUUAAGACCCAAGCCAUCAGAACUCAAGGCUCUGCUUUAGUUUUUAACAUUGCACGCACACUUCUGCAGCAGGUCGAGCUCGUUAUUCAGCAUUUAAAUAUCAAAAAGAUCUGGAUGUUACUCUUUUUUAAUGUCCUGUGAAACCUCAGCGUCAGUUUCCUGAGGGGAAUUAGGUCGAGUAAGUCUCUGCGUGUCCUGACUUGUGUCGAGUUCGUGGCCACAAAAGUUUCCCUGUAAUCUAAACUCAAAAUGGAGCCUGAUUGGCUGUCAGCCAAAAUAAACCGCACAUGUUGAUGCAUACAUGUACACCUUCCCUUAGCUCGUCUUCUGUUUAUCUCUUGUUUUAAACUGGAAUUUGUUACAUUUUUUUUUUUAUUUCUCAGCUUCUCGUCUUACCCUGACUCUCUUCAGACGUUGUCUUUUUGUAUAUGAACAGUUAAUCUGUGUGAGGUUGAUUUAAUUCAGUAUUAUGAGCAAAUGUAGGCGACAGUAUUAAGGACGUGUGGCUCUAAACAAGAAAGACUGGUUUUGUUGUUCUAAUCUCAGUAAAUUUCAGGAGAACUGAGCUGACAGGAUUUUGAAAGGCUACAAGAGAUAGACAAAGGUCGAGACAAAGGAGGUUUUAUUAUAAAGUUUUGUCUGUUUUAUAUCAAUAAUGUCAGAUUUUUUUAAAAAGAUCAUUGUAACUUCUUGCUCUAAGAUUGAUGUAAAAGAGUUUUAUUUGUUUAAUCAUGACCACAGAAUUGCAAGCAGUUGAAAUAUUUAAGUUAUUGUUAAACAUGAAUUGAAAAAGGCUGUUUGAUGAUUUAGAGGAACAUGAGAAGAUCUAAACCAUCUACUAAAGACACAGCUACAGCUCAGUUUAGCAUUAAGACUGGAAACAGUGGGUCUGGCUUUGACAUCUGCACACCAUCCCCUGCAGCUCGCUAAUUAACAUUUAAACGCUUUUUCAUCUCGUUCAUUUCAUCCGUGCACAACCUGAAGUGUAGGAAAUGUUCCAUGGGGUUGUUAGGAUUUAGCACAUAAAACCUCCUCACUCAUCUGAAGGUGUCUCCUGAUGGAUGCUGGGAUAGUCAGAGAUCUCCACAGCUCUUCUGCUUAGUGACUUAACUGAAGAAAGCGUCUUUGUUUUUCACCCCUGUAAGACAGUCUCUGCCGGAGAGGUGCAUCUUUACAUGUGAGGAUGUCGUCUCUGGGAGAUUAUUGAUCCCAGACUUGUCGUCCUCACUUUAGCCUCGACCAAUCGCCAUGUGAUGCCAUGAAUUAGUAAAACCAUUGACAGGACAGAUUAAACUCUGUUAGACGUGCUGUGAAAUGUACGAAGUACGGCGUUUAGAUGAUGAAACCGAGCUCAUGUGAGUCAAACAAAAGCAGUGUUUCAUGAUCAAUGGGACAGUUUAUACAACCUCUUAAAGUUCAGUCUGCUCGAAUUAUGUAAAAUGGAAUUGUAGCCUUUAUUCUAUUAUUUAUUGGCCACUUUCCUCUGACUUUUACCCCAACAUUUACUAUUUCAUGUGUUGUUUAAAUGCCAUAAAUGACAUGCAAAAUGUGCCCAAAGUGGCGUGUUAUUUAUAUGGAAAAUCCCACAUUAUCAUGCUAAAAUAUCCUAAAUUGUAGCCUUUGUGAUUAGCUUGUCGCAACGCUACAAAUUACGAUUUAAAAUUGAUUAAUUGUGCAGCGUGAAUCUCUAUUAGGACAUUUUGUUAUUCAGGUAAAGCUUAGUGGAGACAGUCCACUAGCCGUUAUCUUGUUUAGCUCGCUGGUUGACGCGAUUCACGGUCGCCAAAUUCAAGAAAAAUGUAGGAUUUUUCUCUGUAUAUAAUGUUGUAAAAUCUUGACGUUAACUAUGUGAAAGUGAAAGUUGUGGAUUACUUCGGUUUAAAAACACGAUGUCAUUGAAUCAGCAUGGUGUGGCUACAGACAAAAGCUGUUAAAGUUAGUAAAACUGAGGCACUGCUUCUCCUUUAAUACACCACAUUAUAAAGAUAUAAAUCUCUUUAGUAAAUAACAUGUUAAUUCAUGAGGCGUUCUGGUUGGUGGGUUUUGCUACGCUAGCUGUUUCCCUUUGUUUCCAGUCAUUAUGCUAAGCUACGCUAACCAACAAACGUAUGUUACAGACAUGAGAGAGCGAUUGGUCUUCUCAUCUAACUCCCAGCAAGACAGCAAACAUUUUUUAAAAACUUUCCCUCUAUAUGUUCACUCAUCACCUGCAGAUGUCGUAAUUUUAAGAAGCGUUUUGAUUGGCUGAUAUCUCCAGCCGUCAGUCAGCAGAGUUAGCUGUGUGUUGUGUCAUUUUAUGUGUACAGCCCACUCAUUCAUAAUGAUUUCAGAUCCUUUUUCUUUCAGCUUUAAGUGCGUGUUCAAACUGGCGAUACAGCAUCAGAACGAGUUUUUUUUUUUUUUUAAACAACAUCUUUGUGUAAUACAGAACAAAUACAUGAAUUUGAUAUUGCUGUGUAAUUAAAAGCAACUUCUAUCUUUCUUACAGUUUGUUUCCUUCACUGUUAUUGUAAUUAAUCAUUAAUGGAAAGUGUCUGAAGUCGUAUUUUGAUGGACAGCGAUGUUUCUUCUAUUAAAGCAGCAUGUGUUUAAGGUACAUAGCCAUACAGUCAUAACCCAUGUCCUUAAAGUGUUUAUGAUUUGUUCUAACUUCCUCCUCUGGCUUCAGUAUAUGGUCAAACUUACACCUUUGUAAGAGUCUGUAUGUCUGUGUCCAUAAUCCUUUCUGUGAAAGGAUCCCCCUGCUGGAAAAAAAAAACAGUUUUUUUGUCACCCUGUUGUUACAAAAAUGUUUCAAAAAAGAGAAAAAAAAAUGAUUUGUUAUAAUGAAGUCUGGUCUGUGCCUUCUUGGUACUAAUGCCCUCAAUAUCAAAUAAAUAGGUACAUUUAUCUACCAAA